GUAUGUUGUCGGUAGCGAGACCGUACGAGCAUCGAGGAGUGCCAAUCGAAGAGGAAGACGAUGAUAAUGAUGAUAUUUGUGCUCUUCUAGAAGAACUGUCGGCUUAUCAAGCUCAAAACGAAAUAGACCCUGGGGGAGAUUAUGAAGUAAAUAUAUCAAGCGAAGACGAUAUUGUCGAACACUUCGAAAAACUUUCUAAACCAACUGAUUCUAAAGAUAUUGCAUGUGGAAGCUGUUCCAAGAGUGUGCGAGUAGAUGACAUGUCAAGUAUUAAGAGAGGACACCACAUUUCUUUUGCAGGAAGAUUUGGUAGGAAGCAUUUAUUUGGAAAACAAUUGCAUAUGUACCGUCACCAUGCAAUUGUGAGUGGCGUCAAAACAAAUGAACAAAACUGUAGCAAAGCAGAAAUAGAACUUGUUCAUUUUUGGCAUGAUGAGAAUGGAAAACUAUCAAUUAUAAAAACAUCAGAAAAUUUAGAUUUACGGAAAGAUGAAAUUUAUAUAAUUGUCUAUUCACAACCAAAAUACGAUCUUGAAAUUUGCGCCAGGAGAGCCGAAUUAAAAUAUGAAAAAGUAAGGUUUAAUACACUGGAUGGCAAUACUGAAGAACAGUUUGUAAAAUACAAUGUAAUCGGACAGAACUGUGAACAUUUUGCUUCUUGGUGCGUCAUAGGUGACGAUGAAAGUUUUCAAGUAAGAUCUAUUCCAGAAACAAUAGAGAAAGUUUUGUCAGCAAUAUUUGCUAAGAGUUGUACGCUUGCUAGAUUCAUAAAAAAAAUUACUGUGAUGUCGUCGCAAGAUAUUGCAGAUAAACUUUCCAAAACUAUGAACAUCCCACUAUAUGCUUUAGGAAUCUAUGGCGGCGUCUUUUUUCUUUACUGUAUCUUUAUGACCUUAUGGUUUCGUAGUCAAAGAAAUUCAGGAGUGAUGUGCCAGAAUUGCUUCACAAGAAAAUGGAAGGAGUUAUGGCUGAAAUUCGUACUCUUUAUAGGUAUAUCAGCAGCAUCACUACUUAUAUUUCAUUUUGCAAUGUCUUUGUUCAUACCCGGUGUAAAUAUACCGAUAUUUGUGCUUCUCGUUUUAAUUUCUGUUGCGCUACAGUGGACCAUUGUAAAACUUUGGAAAAAAUUACAGUCUCCGUUCCAUUGCAAGAAAAAAGUUAUUUUAAAAUUAGAGAACUUAAAUAAGGGCGACAUAAUUUCAAUGAGGUUUGGAUCUAGAGCUAUUGAUCAAUUAAAAGAGAAAACAAUGAUUGUAUCUGCAGUUAAUCUGGAUGACAGCAGCAUAACGGGAAUAUUCUACGCAAGGAAAAGAAAUUCUAUUAAUAGCACUGUCGUGGAGCAAACCUUUACUGUAAAUAUUAAAGACAAUCCAAUAAAACUUUUUGACUUGAACAAUACAAUCACUUACAAUACAGAUGAGGUACUAAGUCGCGCAAAGUCUAGAAUAGGAGAGGUUAAAUGGCAUAUGCUUUCAAAUAGGUCUGAACAUUUGUGUUUCUGGGCGAAAGUACGACAAAGCAUUGCAGUUUCUGGAGUGUCAUGUGAUCAGGAAGAGAUCAUUGAUGAAUCGGACAACACUGACAGUUCCUUGUUUGUUGGUGAACAAGACGUGCACUCCUUAGAUGAAAUAGAACCUGGGAUUGCUUUAAAGGUGAAAUCAUAUUUUAUAUUCAAAAGAUACUGCAUUGUUUUGCGUGUAUGUGAUAUUUUCAGUAGAAGGCGAUCUAAAUUAGAAGUAAUCAGUUUUAAAAACGGACUUCGAAGGGUUCAAAAAGAAGAAAUAAUUAUUGAUCUCAAUGUUGAUAGACUAGGCUUGUUGAGAUAUCACCCAUCUCAUUGCCACCCGAAAAGUAAAUGUGUAGAACGUGCUAGAGAAAUUUUGUCAAAUGGGACUCUUUUUUUGACUGGAUACACUUUUAUUGAGGCAUGCUUGAUUUCUAAACCUUCGGAAUUUAAAAGGAUGGAAACAAAUUAUCAGAUUCUGGAAGGAGAUGUUGUACAAUUUAAAGGAAAAAAAACUGGAAUAGUUGUCAAAAUAGAAAAAGAUGCAAAUAAUGAACAUGCGAUGGGAGUAGAUCUAGUUAUUUACAGGUUUUGGAGGGCAAUUACUGUUCACCAUUCUUUUGAUUUAUUAAAAGACGAUAUACGUUUCAGAAGAUACUCGUCAAACGCCUACAUAGAUAGAAACACAAUCAAGGAGCGUGCUGUUGCUUUAACUGAGCGAAAGGUUUAUGGAAGACGGUGGACUACAAGUGGUUUUAUAAAAGAAUGCACAGCUAUGACACCAGGUAAUGAGUUCAGUGUUUUGCUGUUCAAAGAUCUACAACCAGGCGCAGUUGUUGUGUUCAAAAGUCUCACAGGGAUUGUGACAGGACUAUUAAAAGAAGAAAACAAUGGUAAAAUAAUGACUAUGAAAAGAAUAGUGUAUGACCGUGGCAUAGGCAUAGUAACAAUAAGAGAGGAUACUGUCGACCUUUCUGUGGAUAAAAUUUAUUGUAUACAGUACAAAGCAUUCGAAACGUUUUCGCCUAUUGAGAGAAUGAGCCGCGCAAAAGCUAUUGAGGGCAAGACUAUCCCUAUUCACGAAUGGAAAGACUCUGACUUCAUCAAUGACUGUAUUCUUCUAAAAUGUGGCCCAAAAAGAUUAGUUUACAGUAUUGGUGAACUUCAAGAAGGUAACGUACUCGAAUAUCCUAUCAACGGAAUAAUAACCAGUAUAUUCAAACCCCCUGAGACACAAACGCAAAGUCACAUAGUUGUAGUGACCUGUACCAACAAUGAAGUGAGACCAGAACAUGUCUUUGUUGACCUUCAGAAAACAAACCUAGUGCAGUGUGAAUAUGAUUCUUCAGUGCGUUGUGAUAGAGAAACUAGUAAGGUAAGGGCAAUAGCUUUUGUUGGGAAACAAGACAGAGGACUAAUAGAUAAAUUUAUUGAACAAUGUAUCAUGCAUCAGAAUUUAAAGAAAUACGAACCUGUUGAUGUGGAUGAUAUUCAAUUAGGUGAUGUUAUAGAAAUGAAUGAAAGAAAGUUAACUGGAAUACUAGUUCAGAAGCAAAUAAUUAGUAGGGAGAAGAAAAAAAUGUUCGUUGUGUGCAUCGUUAAUGGGAAAAACGAAUCUUUUGAAAUAGACUUACGCCAUGAAUGUAUCUCAGUACGAAAACACAACAAAUCGCAAUGUCAUUCAAAGGAACAUUGUAUGAAAAGAGCAAUUGCUAUGAAGGAAAAAGGAGUAUGUUGUAAGUCACAAGACGAAUUUGUCAAUAAAUGUAUAGAAUUAUCUAGAAAAGGCACUGUAGAAGCAUAUAUAUAUGGGGAUUUAAAAGAAGGGGAUAUUGUAAGUGUCGAGAAGACAUCGGGUAUAGUUAUUCGUCUUAACCAAGGAAACGGCUACAAAAACACAGAGUUUGAUAUGGAAUUAGUUAUACAUGACGGACAACGAUUAAUAAGCAAGUCCUUCAAGAAACAUAAUCUUAGAGAUACGAAUGUUUUAGUUAACAUAUACUCUGGCGAUGGUCACUUUACGAUGUAUGAGCGUAGACAAAGAGCUAAAGCUAUGAAAGAAAUUUACUACGAAAAUGACAGUAUAACAGAAAAAGAGUUUUUAGAGACAUGCAUCAAAAUGGAAAAUUCCGGCAAAGCUUUUCUGUUUGAGGACAUAUAUCCAGGAGAUGUUAUCAAUAUAAAUAAGGAAAAGGGAAUUGUUGUUACAUCUUCCAAAAUAUCAAAUCUAGAAAUUAUCAUUUGUAAAGAUGGUUGUGUUAAGAAGGAAAUCCACAAGGUUAAUCUGGCAAAGGACGAAAUUUACAUUCAGAAGUUUAGGCGUGGUACUACUUUUUCUGCUGAGGAGCGCAUUGAAAGGGCACACACCUUAUGGAGAGAUGCAACCAGUGGUACUAAAAUUAAUAAUUUCAUUCAGCUGUGUACAGAAUAUAAAUUCUGAACGAUGCAGAAUUGCGUCAAAAUUGAAGUUAUUAGCCGCUGUGUAAAAUUAAAGUUGAUUGGCCAAAUAAAUUUUUGAGUCCAGCUCAGACUGGUUUAUCAUGUAAAAAGCUGAAAGCCAAGCCUCUUUUAAAAUUUGGAUAUAUAUGGAGUUUUGGUUGUUUUCUAUUGGUU